CUAUGGGCCUAGCCGCUCCUCUCAUUCCUACUGAAACCAUGUCCUCCAAUAACUAGCGAACAGCCCACUGCUUCCCCUACCACUCUCCAUUCCCUACUCCCCCGCCUCCUUUUAUUAGUCUUUCUUCUUUAAUUACAUUAGUAUUAGUAUUAUUCCAAUCUUUAAACUUCACAUUCUUGCAUCUACCUAUCACAUAAAAACUAUUUCUCUUUAACCUUUUUCUACUCUAUGGAAGACCCUAUAAACCAAUCAAAACAAGAAACAGACCAUUUAAUGGAUGGUCCAAGAAACAUCAUAUUCGGGAAGUACGAGAUGGGAAGGUUAUUAGGCCAAGGAACAUUUGCUAAGGUUUUUUAUGGCCGCCAUAUCAUAACCUCAGAUAGUGUAGCUAUCAAAGUAAUCAACAAAGACCAUGUUAAAAGAGAAGGUAUGAUGGAACAAAUCAUACGAGAAAUUUCCAUCAUGCGUUUAGUUCGACAUCCCAACAUUGUUGAACUCAAAGAAGUCAUGGCAACAAAGCAAAAAAUCUUUGUUGUUAUGGAAUAUGUUAAAGGGGGUGAGCUUUUUGCUAAGGUUGCUAAUGGAAAGCUUAAAGAAGAUGUUGCAAGAAAAUAUUUUCAACAAUUGAUUAGUGCUGUGGAUUUUUGUCAUAGCCGUGGUGUAUAUCACAGGGAUUUGAAACCUGAAAAUUUGCUUCUUGAUGAAAAUGAGAAUUUGAAGGUUUCUGAUUUUGGUUUGUCAGCUUUGUCUGAGCAAUUAAGGACUGAUGGUUUGCUUCAUACACAGUGUGGAACACCAGCUUAUGUUGCACCUGAAGUGUUAAGGAAAAAAGGGUAUGAUGGUGCUAAAUCUGAUAUUUGGUCUUGUGGGGUUAUUUUAUAUGUUCUUUUAGCUGGUUUUUUACCAUUUAAACACGAGAAUUUAAUGAAGAUGUAUAGGAAAGUUUUUAAAGGUGAGUAUGAAUUUCCUCCUUGGUUUUCCCCUGAAGCCAAGAAGUUAAUUUCAAAGCUUUUAGUAGCUGAUCCUGAAAAAAGAAUAACAAUAUCUGCUAUAACAAGGGUCCCUUGGUUUAUAAAAGAAUUUAGCAUAUCAAAUUCUUUCUCUUCAAUUGAAGAAAAUGGUAAACAGAAACAGGAGGGAAUAGAACCAAACUUGGCUAGAUCAAAGACAGUUCCACCUUUUUACAAUGCAUUUGAAUUCAUAUCAGCAAUGUCUUCAGGGUUCGAUUUAUCGAGUCUUUUUAUAGAAGGAAAGAGAAAAUCUGGCUCAAUGUUCACAUCUAAAUGUUCUGCAUCCAUGAUCAUGUCAAAGCUGGAAUCUUUAGCCAAGAAGGUGAAUUUUCAGAUUGUAUCUUCUAAGGAAUUCAAGGUGAAGAUGCAAGGAAUAUCCGAAGGGCGAAAAGGGAAAUUAUCUGUGAUGGCUGAAGUGUUUGAAGUAGCACCAGAAGUGGCUGUAGUUGAGUUCUCCAAAUCUGCUGGAGAUACCUUAGAGUAUAGGAAAUUUUAUGAGGAAGAUGUAAGGCCUUCCCUUAAAGAUAUUGUUUGGACAUGGCAAGGUGAGAAUAACGGCCAAGAGUAAACUGCAAUGCUAGCUGUUACAUGUAAAUUAUAGGUUCUUGUUGGAGUUAUAUGGACCAAAUACAAACCAUAACUAUAGCAAUUUACUUUAUCCCAGUUCUAGCCAAUUUUGUUUAA